AUGGCGACCUUUCUAGAGAAAAAAGACCCUGUUGUGAUCGUGGGGGCAGGCAUCUUUGGUCUCAGCUCAGCUCUGCAUCUCGCCAAGAGAGGCUACAGCAAUAUCAUUGUAUACGACAAACAAGACUACGAUAAAAGUCUCUAUUCUUAUCAGAAUGGCUCAGAUGCGGCUUCGGCAGAUCUUAACAAGAUCAUCAGAUCAUCCUACGGUACCCAGAUCGAGUAUCAAGAGCUCUCGGUCGAGGCAAUAAGAAUGUGGAAUCAGUGGAACGCCGACCUCGCUGGCGGAGAAGUGCCACCCGGCAUGAGUUCGAGCGAUAAAGUCUUCUAUAACAACGGAGCCAUCUCCUUCAAUGAAGGCGACGAGUUACCUCCCUUCGAAAAAGCAAGUGUCCAGAACGCCAAGAAGUUGCAUUUGACGAAUCAACUCUUGACAACUGCUGCUGAGGAUGUGCGCACAGCCAACGAUCUCGGUUUUAAUUGUGAUCAAUUCAAAGCCUGUACUCGGGGAAACUCCAUGGCGGGCAUCCUUGAUACAAGCGGUGGAUUUGUCGCUGCUAAUAAGUCGUGUCGUCUUGCCCUCUACAAGGCUCGCAAGCAUGGCGUCAAGUUCGUUUUUGGUCAAGACGCCGGAGCUUUUCACUCGUUCCUGAAGCGUGGAGGAGAUAUCAUUGGGAUUCGCACCAAGGAUGACAAAGAACACCACGCCAAGCUCACCAUCAUGGCCUGCGGUCCGCAAACACCACUUCUUGUUCCCGAGCUCGACUAUCUCUGCGAGGCGACGGCUGGUUCAGUCGUCGUCUUCAAAAUCCCAUUAGAUUCUCCAAUCUUUGGCCAGUUUUCUCCUAAGAGGUUCCCGACUUGGAUGUACAACAUGAGACAUGGGGCUCGGGGAGGUUUGUAUGGAUUUCCUGUCGAUGCAGAAGGUCACCUCAAGAUCGGCUACAGAGGGACGAAAUACACGAACCCACAAAUGCAGCCAGACGGCAAGGAGAGGAGCGUGCCUGUGACGCGCUGGUCUGAGGGGGAUAAGGUAACGCAAAUUCCCAGGCAAGCCAUGGAUACCAUUGGGUCUUUUGUUGCCCGCCACAUGCCUGAGGUCCUCAAGGAGGCUAGCGACGUUGCUUUUACAAGGCUCUGUUGGUAUACAGAUACAUUUGAUAAUCACUUUGUGAUAGAUCGUGUGCCGGGACGACAAGGUUUGAUGGUAGUCACCGGCGGGAGCGGUCAUGCUUUUAAAUUCCUGCCCAACAUCGGGAAUUGGGUCGUGGAUAUCAUUGAAGGAGUAGGACUGGACCGGCCAGCUGUUCGCGCGUGGCGAUUCCGUAGCCCUGCAUCUGUAGAGCACGUGAAUGUGCUUAUGGAGGGUUCAAAAAGCGCCAAGGCGUUGAAGAAUGUGGUUCUCACCGACUCGAUUACUGGCAUAACUUCAGCGAGAAGAUCACUACUCUAG